AAAAGGUUAAAUCCUACUUGGUUGCUUUUCUGUAAUGUGUGGGGCAGAACAGAAGAUGAAAUUUGUUUUUGAGAAAGUGUAAUUUUAAAAUCUCAGUGAAGAAACGAUGUCUAACUGUAGCCUAGGUUUGCUAAUUUACAAGCAAAAUGACUAAAGCUUAAAUAUACCAUGGAGUUAAUUAUAUUUCUUCUCUCUAGGAGCUCUCUCUAGCUUUGGCAGACAUAUGUGACACGUGAUGAUGUGAUACAUAAGUAGAUGCAUAUUUUUUAAAUCCUUGAGGGUAGUUGAUAUUGUGCUUUUAGAAAAAUGGCCGUCUGAUGUCUGCCUUGGUUGGGAAGUAGUAUAUGUAACGCAUGGAAUGGGUGCCCUCUGAUGACCAUGGUGCUUUAGAACAUUGCAGAGGCAAUCAUUUGUGUAGUUCCUGACCAUAAUUUUAUUGCCAUGGAUUAGUGGCUCUUAAAUGCCCCCAUUUCCCCCAACCCCCUUUUCGAAUGGGAGUUCUGGUACAAUAAUUCUAUCCCUUUCUCAUAUAUUGGGUGUUUGGGGGAGGGGAGGCAAAUGACGGAUUUUCUUAAUAGAUUUACACGUUGAGAGGAGCUGCACUCAAGGAUCCUCAUUCACACGCAGACCUGGUACAGAUGACAAGAUCCUGGACUUGAGCCCAUGAUAAAAGGUGAUGAGGCUUUUGAGAGAGGGAUGUAAAAUGUUGUGGCCAGAGCACAAAAGAAGCAAGUGAUGUGAAAAAUUUCUGGCCUCAUUUUUCAGUACUAACUGGGAGUACAGUAUUUGAAGUGCAACAGUCAAGGGUAGGUGGGCAGUGGGAGAAGGGAUGGGAUGAUUCUUUGGGAAGGUGCUACAAUAAAGGCUCAAGGAGAAAUGCACAGAGCAGGAAACUUCACCACACCCUUGUCCAGGAGAGGAUAUUCUCCAUUUCUGUAGCCUUAUGACAUUGAUUAUGCAAGAUAAUGCAAAGGAUAGAUAAGAUCAUGCAAAGAUUAGAUUCCAGAGAUGGUAUUUGCCCAUAAGCAUAUCAGUUGUGAAAUGAAUUACUGUGGGAAAGGUUUAUUAUUUGAGGUAAGACAGGACUUGGCUUUAAAUUUCUAUUCUGCCACCUACUGAUGCCACUUACCUUGGGUAAGCUAUUUAACACCAGCUGGAUGGUAUCUUAUAAACCCUUUUUUUUGUUUUCUUUAUGUUAUUUUGGAAGUAUGCCAAAUUAAUUUGUUGGAAUCCUUAAAUUUUCAGUGGCUGGCUCUAGUGUGAAAAGAGGUUGGCUCAGGAUUCUCUCUGAAGGACCUUCUUAGAAGUCUCAAUCUUACUUAGUAGAAACUGAAGUUUCAGCCCUAGCGAUAGAGGACAAAAACAUAAUUUGUGUUUCUAGUGCAGGGCCUCCUGGGUGACUCUGUCGGCUGAGUGUCCAACUCUUGAUUUCAACUCAGGUCAUGAUCUCGUGGGCUCAUGGGUUUGAGCCCCAAGUAGGGCUCAGUGCUGACAGCCGAGAGCCUGCUUGGGAUUCUCUCUCUCUCUUCCCUCUGCUCCACCCCCUCUCAAAAUAAAUAAAUAAACAUUAAAUAAAAAAAAGAAAAGAAAACAGAGGACUGGCUCUUAGUAUUUUGCAAGGAGAACUUUCAUUCUGAACAACUGACUCACUGUUUAUGCUUGAAUCUCCUAUCAGUCUACCAAUCAGAAUACCCUUGAAGGGCUGAUAGGUUUGAGUGCUGACACCCACAGCCCAAAACUAGGUGUGGCUACAUUAAGAAGGCAGGUCACUGUGGGUAAGUGUCUAAUCAUGAGAUCUCCUAAAACGGUGAUGGAAUCUAACCCUGUUAGGAAAAUCCUAUUUAAUUCUGUUAGAGAGUGAAUCUCAGAUCCCUUUUACCCUAGUCCUUAGGCCUUGGGCUAACAGGAAGAGCUUUAACAUUUACUACAUUUCAGAAACUGCUGGUUCAUCCCAUGUAAUAUUAUCUUAUUUAAUCCUCAUAGUUCCUCUGUGAAAUACUUUGUAUUGUCUCCAUUCAUAAUUUUUCAAAUGCCCAAGUUUUUUUUCCACCUUCUCAGUUUUUAUGUAUCCUAUUUCCUCCUGGAAUGGUCUUAUUUUUCUUCUUUGCCUCAUAAUCUCUACUUGUCCCUCAGAGCUCAUCUCAGAUGUUACUACUUCAAGGAAGCCUUUCUAACCCCCUAGGUUUGAUUCCCUAUUGCACAUUGUAAUCACACACCGUAUCUCAAUAAGCACAAGAAAUUAUGUGAUCAGUCACAUAAUAUCUGUCAUACAUGCUAAAGUGUAAGCUCCUUGAGGACAGGAACUGUGUCUGUCAUUUUUCUGUUAUUUCUAGUGCUAGGUAUGGUUCCUUACCCUUAGAUACUCAGCAAUUUGGGGUGCCUGGGUGGCUCAGUUGUUUAAGCGACUGACUUUGGCUCAGGCUGUGCUCUCACGGUUUGUGAGUUCGAGACCCUCACUGGGCUCUUUGCUGUCAGUGCAGAGCCCUUUCUGAGCCUGCUUCAGAUCCUCUGUCUCCCUCUCUCUCUGCUCCACCCCUGAUCGUGUGCGUGUGAGUGUGCGCUCUCUCUCUCUCUCUUAAAAUAAAUAAACAUGUAAAAAAAGAUACUCAGUAAGUUAAAUGUAUGAUUAUGGCAAACAAAUGCCAUAUGUCAGGCGUUGAAUUCUUAUCUAUUAUAACUUCAGAACCUUCUUUCUUUAACUUAUGCCAUACACAGAACCUAACAGGAAGUAUUUCUAAAUGAAAUUGCCCAAGAAAGCUCUUCCUCAACUCUAUUUCAGUCCUAAAUUGGCUAACAAUACAAGUUAUUAAUUAAUCUUAGAUACUGGCUAGGGUGUGGUUCUGAGAAAAGGAACUGAAAGCCUUUGAAAAGUCUCCUGAGUUCUGUAUAAGCUGUCCGGAGGAGUCCCACAUUUCUGAGCAGCGAGUUUUGAAGGAAAUUGUUAGGGCAGGCUCUCGGAUUACAUGUCCCCUUAGGAAACUUUACAAGAGGUAGACACACCUGGCUUACCAGUAUUUCUGACUUACUACUGAGCUGAAAACUGCUUGUUUUGUGGAGAAGCAAAACUCUGCAGCAACCAUCUAAAAUGAAGAGCCCCCGAACUUUUGAGGAGCAAACGCAAUGCAUUGUGGACUCUUUACUCACAGACUUCUUGAGCCCCACAGUGCAGGUUGCUAACCGGGACCUACGUUGUGCAGAUGAAACAGUUUCAGGAGAGUCAAGCUCUUUUGACGUGGCCAUCAUUGCUGGUCGCCUUCGAAUGUUGGGUGACCAGUUCAAUGGAGAAAUGGAAGAUUCUGUCAAAAACAUCAUUUCAGAAACCAUUCAGGGACAGGCAGGAACUAUACUGCAGGACACAGUAAAAUCUCUCAGCCAGGCCUGGUGUGCUCAGGAUUCCAGCUUAGUUUAUGAGAGAGCCUUUCUGGCAGUGUCCGUGAAGCUUCUUGAAUGUGUGGCCCGCAUGGCUCCUGGAAUAGCAAGACAGGUGGCUAUCCCCAUAGUAAACCUGAUCAACGGGAACAGUGCCAUCCGGGAGUUUGUCCAGGGCCAGGGAGGUUGGGAGAAUCUGGAGAGCUGAAGAGGAGGUGGGAGCUGUUUGCCAGCCUGAACAUCACUGCCCCUGUGACUGCUCAGGUGAUUGAUUUCUGGCAGUUAAAGCAGACAACCAAAUCCAAAACUGCUUUCUUUUGAACAGAACCUAAUUUAGCUGAAUAAUUUCUUUUCUACUGAUUGCUACAGUUGGGAGAAGCCCUUGGAGGUCUACAGAGGUUUUGUGCUUUGUGUUUUUAUGUGAGUUUUAAUGAGGUACCAUUUAAGCAAAGACCUCUAGACACAAAGUAACGACUUGUUAGGAGCGGAAUUGGAAGCAUCAGAGCCCGGCUUGGCUGGAGAUCUUUUGGGAAAGGGAGCACACAGUAAACUUCCUUCAGAUUUCCUCUUGUCCUUUGGGAAGGAUCUUGUCUGCUCAUUUUGCAAUCUAAAGGACUUCAGGGAGAUUUCAAUUCUUUAAGUUGAGAAUUUCUUUUGAAUUCAUAACCUGAGUCUUGUGUUAAUUUCACCAAAGCAGAAUUAUUUUAUGCAUUUUUAGGUUGAAAGCAAAAAAAUAGCAGUUUCUGCAUCUGCCCUCCUACCAGAAAGGCCGACAAAAGAUGAAACAGUGCGUGCAUUUUUACUGCCACAGGAUGCAGGAAGUGCUGGCCCACAUCUAGGACAGAGGGGCCAUCCCAGCUUAGAUGAAACUAGCUGCAUACCACAGUGUUUUUCAAACCAAAAAGGGGCCUACAUACCACUUGUGGACCUUAUAAAUCGCUGAUUUCCAGGCCCCAUCCCUAGAAAUUCUGAUUCUGUAGGGGUGGGCUGGGACCUAGGAUACUACCAGUUCCACAGGGGAUUCUUAUGUACAUACAGAACUUGAGACCCAUCAUUUUAGAGCAAGGAUUGGCCAUAUCCUGCCUGCUCCUUUUUCUGUAAAUUCUUUUAUUGGAUUGCAGCUACACUCACUUGUUUACAUAUUGUCUAUGACUGUUUUAGUAUCACAACGUCAGAGUUGAGAAGUUACAGCAGAUACCAUAUGGCCUGUAAAAUAUAUUUACUAUCUGGCUCUUGACAGAAAAGUGUGUAGACCCUUGCUUUAAAGCUAAAUGAACAUCUCUCCUUGAAUAAUUUAAAUUCUGUGGCAAUCCUGAUAAUUCCUGCCAAACAGAAUUGUACAUAGGAUUACUCUGUUUUUUAGAGUUUCGAGUGUUCUGAUGGUUCUGGCAUAGUCCACACUUUCUUGAGAACUUUAGCAAAUCAGAAAGCUCUGUGACUCCUGAGUAGUCAGUCAGUAGAGGGUAUAUAUUUUCCCUGGCCCUACCAUAAGUGAUUGGAAGUGAUUGGAAAUGAGGCAUACAGUAUCCAUAUUAUGAAUAUCUUGAAAUAGUCCUUAAUAAUCUCAUAGAUUCAUAGGCAAUCAUCAAGACUCCUUAAGUCCCAAAACCAGACUACUUACCUGACUGUCAAGAAGAAAAGCAUUGCUGUAUCUAUUUUGUUCUUUUUGUGGGGGGGGGGGCGGUUUGCUAUAUCUAUUUUGAAGAGAGGCAUUAAUGGUUUGGUUACAGUUUGGCUAAAGUGUAACCACAUCCCCUCCUUUCAGCCAGCCAGCUAUCUGUUUCCCCUCAAUGCAUAGAAUUAAAGAUGUAGCGCUGGGACUAUUUCUUGACUUUUUCAAGUUGUGUGAUUUCCUCAAUUCUUGGAGAAAUCACAGUAGGUUUGUAAUCCCAAAUGAGAUUUCAUGUUUCUUUUAAGUAGCAAUUAGCUUUUUUUUUUUGCUACCAGUUGAAGACACUUGAUGUACUUCUUUGUCCCUUACAUUACUGUAAAUUCAACAGGGUGGGUUUUGUGGUAUUUUACUUCUUAGAUGAAAUCACUAUUUUCACACUGACCAAUGCUGUUUUGUUCAUGAAAUAAAAUUGUGUCUAUGUAUUUGAACUAA